UCAAAAGAUCUGAAGGAAAUCAGAGAAUGGCAGUACAGGUCCUUUUCACAGUUUUUGUCUGAGAGCAGAUCACGUAUCUGACAGCAAGAGAAAAGAAGCCAGCUUUUUAAAAAUUUAAACUGCGCAGACACAUUUUCCUAUACUUUUCCAUCCGUGUGAACCACAUCCAAAAAUAACCUCAUCCAAAAAUCAAUUAAUGACUUUCCAUUUUCGAGGACUACUGAUGUCUGAUUUCUCUAAAGGGUUUAAUAUAGAUGGCUGCUAGUUGGGGAUUUCUGGUAACAGUUUAAGUAUGUAAUUGUGAAUAUUCAGAAGGAAUAGCAGCUAUUGAUGGAACACAAUGCUUUGUUUACUACUCUGGCCCUCAAGGGUUAAGUGACUGAAUUAAUCGAAGAGCUAACAAUAUUUGAGAAUGGUAAAGAGAAGCAAAGGGGAAAGCAGGCUGUGAGCAGAUUAUUCCCUGCGUAACAAGGCAAGGUUUUAGGUUACAGUCUUGCACACUCAUGCUUUUUAUCUUAUCUUACAAAAAGCCCCAGAAAUAGAAAGUUUUUUUUUUUCUCCUAGAGCUGGUACAGAGAAAACAGACGGAUGGGAUUCUUGGCUGCAAAAUCUGUCUAUAAGCCAGAGAAACCCAGAAGCUGUUUUCCAACUCAUUUUCAUUUGUGUAUAUCAGGGGAGAAAAACCUUAAGCAAAUACUGAUCUUCCAAAGUGUGUCCAUCUUUUUUUUUAUAGUUUUUGAUUUUUAUAACAGUGGGCUGUGUUUUUCCUCUUCCUAGAAAACAUACUUGCUAUAUAUUUAUUGUCUGUGUGUGUAUAUGGACCUCAUCGUUGGUCCGAAGUCGCUUUUGCUUGGAAGUAAUAAUGAUGUAGGGGAGUAUUAUUGGCUCCUUCAUGGCUUCCUCUGGGAUCUAAUCGGAAUACGGAAUGGCGCAGAGACGGACGGAGACAACAGCUGCAUGCUUUGGUGUGGUCACAAAAAAAUUCCGCAACCUUUUUCGACACUUCCCAAAGUCUAAGUCUUGGUCUGAAGGUCUGCAUCUCUUCCCUGCGCCCAGCCAGGAGCGACUGAUUGUGAGAGAUUAUACAUUCUCACAUCAAUCGGCAUUGGACAGAAGUGAUUUAACGGAGCAAUUUCCAGAGAGCACAACCCAUGAACAAAAACCAAGGCCACACCCAAAACAGGAUGCACCAAAGGAAGAAACAAAACCCACUGUUCAAGAUCUAAAACAGAAAAUAGAGGCCUUCAACACAAUGGUUCAGAAUGGCUUGAUUAUGAAACUGGCAGAUGAUGGGACAUUCACAGGAUUCAUUAAAGUGCAUCUGAAGCUCCGACGUGCCAACAAACCAAAUAUACAAACUCCAUCUGAGACUUUAAAAGAGUUGACCCAAAACAAGCCAGCAAAUAAGCAGACAUCUUUCUAUGUACCUUUGGAUGCUGUGAAACAACUGCACAUCAGCAGUGUGACAACAACCAGCGAGGUUAUAAGGGGGCUGCUGUUAAAAUUCCAGGUGGCAGAUGAUCCCCAGAAAUUUGCACUCUUCAAACACAUGCAAAGAGAUGGACAAGUUUUAAUGCAGAAGCUGGGACUUACGGAGCAUCCAUUAUACCUGCGACUUUUGGCUGGACCAGAAACUGAUGUACUGAGUUUUGUACUGAAGGAAAAUGAAACAGGAGAGGUGCAAUGGGAUGCCUUUAGAGUUCCAGAGCUGCAGAACUUUCUUUUGAUUCUUGAGAAAGAAGAACGUGACAAAGUACAGCAAGUGCACAAGAAAUAUGCUGCUUUCCGCCAGCACCUGCAGGACGCCAUAACUGAAGCCAAGAGGAAAAAUGUAUAAAACCAAAGGCCUUAGGAAAGCUCAAAGGGGUAGGAUACUGGAACCUGAUAUGUGCAACAUACAUUUCAGUGGCUGGGAUCUACAUUUUGCCCCUACAAUGAUUGCUGUAUCUUCUGCCUCUACAAAAUUCCAAAACACAGGUCUAAAAUCCAACCACUUGAUUAAAGUAAAGCGUAACCCGCACUUUUAGGUCCUCUUACAAGGAUACCUGCCUAUGGACCACACAGCCAGGCUCUAAUUGCUCAGGGACACAGCUUUUAUGAAGUAUUUUUCUGCCCUUGAAAGGCUGAGCCUAAAAUCAGGUCUCACCUUGCAAUAAGGCACUUACAAAAGGCUGUCUUGUCAGGAAAACAAGAUGCAAAGCCAUACGUAUAACAAUACAUAUUUUCAUGGAUGAGCAAAGUAUUUCUGCCUUGGUGUCGUUUUCCUUAAUGAAUCAGUGAUAUUUAUUUAUUUAUUGCACAAGGUGAAGUUACUGUCUUGCACUGAAGAGAAUCAGGAAGCUACUUCUGGGCUUUUUCAGAUGUCAGUAUGUUGGAGACAUACAGUAUUUGCUAUUGACAAAAGUAUGCUGGUGUCAAGCCAACUGUUGGUAGGACCAAAACAGUAUGUUCAGAUAAUAGUGAAUGUGGAACAACGGGUGCGGUUGGUAAUAUUUUUGGAGGUAGUCAUAACAGAACUGCAGGAAUGUGGAUUCCAAAUGUUUAUGGAUACAUUGUCUAUAUAUUUUAAUUUUGCAUACAGUGUAUAGUUUAUAUUUUCAGCUUAUCUGCACUGCAUUGUCUAAAGGGAUUUUUAAAUGAUAUCCUAAUUGCAACCGAUUGUCCAGAAAUAUAGUUUUUAUUAUGAAUUUAUCUUUCCUUUGUGAAAGAAGUUUACCUAAGGGAAUAAUAAAUAAGAUUAACGUCUGCCAGCCAGUCGUCUUUGAUUGCAGUAUUUUGCUUUCCAAGGAAAAGGACCCUCUUUUACUACCCAGUAUAUAUUUAAAUGUUUGAAGCAAAUGUUCUGAGUUUUACUGCAUUUUGGUCAUUUAACUGCAGCUAUUUCAGGUCUAAAUGCUUUGGAUAUGAAUCCUGAAUCAAAGCCUGAUUUUCUUGCAGACCUACUCAGUUGCCCAUACAGAUUGGUAAAACACAUCGUUAGGAAUUUUUAUCCUAUCCUACAAAAUGCAUAUAGGCAUUGUAAAGUCCACUUUCUCUUUGCAUUGAUUGAUGUAUGUGGAAUUGCAUUGUAUGUUUUGUGAAUGAUAGCAAAAUUGUACCAAGAUGGUAAAAUGGGAUCUCAGGAAAGGGCUCAGCUUUAUUACUGUAAUCUUUAAUGAAGGGGGGGGGGGAGUUGCUACCAUAUUUAAAUUACUGACCGAUGAAUAUAGGCAAGCUCAUAAGUGAAAUCUCUUUUUUGAAAAACUCCCAGAGAACACAAGCAAUAGUUAUAAAAGGAAUAUUAUAUUUAUUUUUGUAAAUUAAAAUAAUUACAAAUAUCAAUUUGUACAUCUUUUUGGUGUGUGAUUAAGCUCAUUACAAAUGAUUUGGGGUCUAAAAUCCAUCACUGAUCCCUGUUUUUUCUCAUAUGGGAUAUUCAAGUGUAUUGCCAUUAAAGCUUACCACACUGUGAAUUUCUUCUGCCAUAUUGGAAAUGCAUGAGCUAACCUGCAACCAGCCUUGUCCAUCAGUAACAGCCCUGUGUAGAGCCUACAGUCUAAGUUUUGUGAUUAAGACACAAGGAUAUUACAUAACAGGGAUGUUACAAUUCAUCUAUUCUGCAGAGAUCUUCAGACAAGACUACAAAACCAUGGAAUCAUGGUUGUUACCAGAGGCUUAUUUACUAUAUAGGCACUCAAGGGACUAACUAAAAAGAUCUUCCACUGCUGCUGGACACUUUACUAAAAAGUCUGCUAGCAGAUGUGGCUGGUAGGGGGGUACCAUUUGCAUCGUGUACAGAAGUCAUCAUGUACAUGUGCAUUGUGGCAUUACUUCACUUGACAGUACGGAUAUGCAUAACCUGUUUGGCUAUAAUGCUGGGCCCCCAAAUAUCUACCUGUACAUAACUAAUGAAAGCUACAUCCAUAGUCAGGGAAAUACUGCUAUACAGGAAUAAAACCCAGACUUUUAGUAAUUUAGCUCAACCAGUUAGCUUGUGUAAGGAACUACACAGAACAGUUUCCUGGGACUUAGUAAAUUUUGCAACUUCUAGUUCAGAUUUCCCCAGCAAGCUAUAUAAAAUCAAUACACUAUAUAGUAUAUGUCUAUAGUCUGCAAACUAGUACCCACAUACCAAUAUUACCACAUUCUAAUAUAAACAUUAAAUAAACCUUAUAGGACUGUUUUGCCUCAAGUACAGAUUAAUAAUAAUUUAAGUUGGGAUC